AUGUCCGCCGUCGUCGCCGGAAACCUGCUCGCCCUCGCGGGCACCGCGAAGCCUCUCAAGCGCGGCAGAUCCGCCACGCGAACGCGUCGCGUCGUGAGCGCCGCCGCCAACGCCGACGACGCGCGCGUCGCCGACGUGAAGCGCGCCGUCGUCGCGACGCUCGCGUCCGCCGCCAUCGCCCUCCCCGCGAUCGCCGCGCCCGUCGCCGAGAUCGCGCUCACCCCCGAGGAGCAAAUCGCCGCCGAGGUGGCCAAGUUCGAGGAGCAGCGCGCCAAGUGCGGCACCUCCGCGUGCCGCGACACCGUCACCCAGUGGGAAUCCGCCGCGGUGAAGAAGAUCAAGAAAAAGGCGGGCAUCCCGCUCGACGCCCCCGCGCCCAAGGCGUACCCGACACCAAAGCGCGUCGCCCCGGCGCCCGUCGCCGAGACCGAGGCGGCACCCGCCCCAGCCGCCGCCCCGGAGGCGACCAGCCAGCCCGCCCCCAGGGCCGCCGCAGGGCCGCCCGUCGACGCCAAGGCUGACGCCAAGGCUCGACUCGCCGAGAGACAAGCCGCCUCCGCCGCCGCCGCGGAGAAGGCGGCCGCGGAGAAGGCCGCCAAGGCCGAGGCGCUCAGGCAGGCGCAAGCCGACGCGCAGGCGGAGCGCGUCGCCGCCGCCAAGGCUGCCGCCGAGGCUGCCGAGGCUAAGCGCGCCGCGGCGGCGGCGGCAAAGGCGGAUGCAAAGGCGGAUGCCAAGCCCGCGCCCGCGCCCGCCAAGAAGGCCGCGCCGGCUCCCCCGCCCGCCAAGAAGGCCGCGCCGGCCCCCGCCAAGAAGACUGCGGCCAAGCCCAAGUCCCCCGGCGUCUUCGACUACGUCGUGGGCGACGUGACGGUCGCGGCGCUCGGCUCCGCGGCGGCGCUCGCGCUGGUCGCGCCGUCGUUCAAGGACAAGGCUCUCGCGGGCGACGCGAGCGGCGCGCUCGAGGAGGUCAAGGGCCUCGUCACCGGCGCCAACCAGGACGCCGCGAUCGGCAAGGCGUGCCUCCUCGGCGGCGUCGUCGCCGCCGACGCCCUCAUCCACCUCCCGGUGCUCGGAUUUUUCCUCCCCGGCCCCGCCGAGUUUGUCGGCACCGUCGCCGCGACGCUCUUGGCGGCCAAGUACUUCGUCACCAGGGAGGCGAGCUACGAGGAGGACAUCAAGGACUUCGCCGCGUCCAUCCCCGCGGGCGUUCCCGACGUCGCCUCCACGGUCGUCGAGCCAAUCACCAAAUUCGUCGGAGCCGUGAAGGCGCCCGACGCCGACGCGCUCGUCGGAGAUUUCAACGAGUGGUUCAACGGGUUGGACGACCCCGUCGAGGAGAUCGCGCCCAAGGCGGCGGCGUUUGGCGCGUGCGUCGCCGUGUCGUACGUCGCGCACUUCCCCGUCCUCGGUCUCGUGCUCCCGCGGGUGCUCGAGCUCGUCGGCGUGUACGUGUGCGGCGGGGCGGUUGCCAGGUACGGCGAAGCCGGGACCGUUUCGCUCAAGGCGGAUUUGAUCAAGGUGGGCGACGACGCGGGCGCCAUCGUCAAGUCCGUCGUAAGCAAGUGA